AUGACGACUUCCAGAGAUUUCACGGGCAAAGUGGUGCUGAUCACCGGCUCGAGCGGUGGUAUCGGUGCUGUCACUGCAGUAGAGUUCGCUCGACUCGGGGCUCAAGUGGUGGUCACCGGUCGCGGGAAGGAUAGGGUGUCCGCUGUGGCCAAACGGUGCACUGAGGCGUCGCCUACCGGUGCUAAAGCCCUGGAAGUGGUGGCGGAUGUCACCAACGAUGACGACUGUCACCGAUUAGUGACCGACACUAUCAAGACGUUCAAAAAGUUGGACAUUUUAGUCAACAACGCGGGUAGAAGUAUAAAGUCGAGCAUAUGGGACGAGGAUGUCCUCGAUAAGUAUGAGCUCAAUAUGAACACAAACCUCCGGUCAGUCGUAUGGUUGACUCACUUAUGUGUCGAGCAUUUGGAGAAAACUAAGGGUAAUAUCGUUAACGUGUCGAGCGUUGCGUCCUUUAAACCGGGUGCAAGUAUCUCGUGUUAUAGUAUGUCAAAGUGUGCCAUUAAUACGUUCACUAAAUGUAUGGCAGUGGAGUUGGCACCCAAAAAGAUCCGGGUCAAUGCAGUAUGCAAGCUAAUCCCCGCUACAAUUCAUACGCCCGCUUUUGAAGCAAUAUUUAAUGUGACCGGGGACAGGCUCGAGGCUUUUAAACAACGUUUGGCGGUUAAGUACCCGAUCGGUCGAAUCGGUGAACCAUCGGACGUGGCCAAUGCCGUAGUGCACCUGGCCAGUGAGCAUGCUACAUUUAUAACUGGCGCGUAUAUGUUGGUCGAUGGUGGUUACCUUACAGGGAGUGUAAAAAUGAGGACUUGA